GGUGUGGGUGGGGUGUGGGUGUGGGUGGCGUGUGUGGGUUUGGGGUUUGGGGUGUGGUUGGGGGUGGGGUGUGCGUGUGCGUGUGGGUGUGUGGGUGUGGGUGUGGGUAUGGGUGUGGGUGUGUGGGUGUGGGUGUCGCUGUGGUUGUGGGUGGCGUGUGUGGGUUUGGGGUGUGGUUGUGGGUGGGGUGUGGCUGUGGCUGUGGGUGUGGGUGCUUAUACGAGACAGUCAUCGAUCCACACCCAACAUCUACCCCUACCCCUACAUCCACACUCACAGCGACGCACACGCACACGCACACCCCACACCCACACCCACACCCUACAAAGUUGGGCAUCUUAGACUGUAAUUAUAGAGAUUGUUUAAAUUAAUUGCACGCACUUCAAUUUGCGGAGAAUUGAAAGACGAAAUUUUAUAAAAAAAAACAAACAUUAAAAGAAAUAUGAUUUAUACAUCAAGAGGCUCAUUUUUCUUGUAAAAUCUUAUAUUCAAAAAGAAAAAACAAAGUUUGUAAUGAGUUAUAUUUUUGUUUGUUAUUUAUGAAAUGUGCCUUCUGUCUUUCUAGUGUUCAUUUAUUCAUUGAAUGUACUCUUAUUUAACAACAAAGAAAGAAACAGUCUUUUUCUUCCAAAGGCUUUUUUAUACUGGACAUCCCAGAGGGAAGGAAUCGAUGAAACUGGACGAAUAUGAACAGAGGGGAGAUGUGGAGUCAAAACAAAAUGAGAGUUUUACCUAGAUGUCCUUCAGGAUGACUCCAAUGUAUUUUGAUACAAUUCAUAUAUGUAUCGUGGUUUUUUUUGACUCAUGAAAUAUUUUCAUGAUUAGCCUUCGACAUAUUAAUUGUGUUUACAUCUAUAUCACGUUACAUGAACAUUAUUAGAUAACAUCAUGCAUUGAUUUAUGAAUCCCAAAACACUCCAAAACAAAUAGAAAACUGGUCUCUCAACACAAAAGUAGGAUUACACAGCUGAAACUACCUUAACAAUCUAAAACGUCAAAUAUUCAAAAUAAUACAUCAAAAUUUAAAUCAACCAAACACAAUAACUAUAUUUCUAUAAUGCAGUACGAAUGAUUAUAUUUGUUCUUAUCCAUAUAUAUAUGUAUUUGAUUUCACAUACAUUAGUUUUAUGAAUUAAAUAUGAAUGAAAAAUACAUAUAAAAACGAAAAAGAAACCAUACAAGAAUUCUAACGACGGGUAAUUAGUAAUGAUCAUCGAUUCGAUUCAUUUUUUUUUGGUGCCUAAUGUUCUACUCGAAUAAACAUGCACGGACAGAUGACAUAUGUAUAACGCAUAACCAGCAAAAAAUAAACAGUAGACAGCUUAGAUACGAUAUAUAUUUAAAAAAAAAAGUAAUACUCUAUUUCAUUUGAUUUUUCGUAUACUUUCAUACAAUCUAGUUAGGAUAACAUGUUUGAUCAACGAUGUCUUUUUGAUAGAGACCAACCAAUUGAUAACCUUCGAAUUGUAAUAACACGUCAUGGUGAACGUGCUGAUUAGGCAUUAGGAAAUCACUGGUUAAGAAGAAUACAAAGAAAUGGUGGUCAUGAUCCACGAAUAUCACGUUUACCACGUCGACCAAGUUUUUGUGAAUGGAAUUAUGAUCCACCAAUAACUAUUGCUGGAGAAACAAAGUGGGUCUGUCUAUUUGAAUGUCCAUCUUGGUAUUAUGGUUCACCAUUAGUAUUUAUACCUCCCAAAUAUUUAGCUAUGGAUAGAAGAUUUCAUAUAGAUUCAAGUUAUGUACCAAUCUAUGGUGAUGUUGAUCCAAGUGAAAAUGAGAAACAAUUCUAUCGACGAUCUCAUUAUGUUAUUGAUGCAAUAGUUCAAGCUCAUAAGAAUCAAGGUGGAACAAUUUUAUUAUCAGCACAUGCUGGUUCAAUUGAAGCAAUACCACCUAGUUUACGUGGUAUAUUUAAUCGACGUGCAGAGACUCAAAAUCUUAUGUAUGAAGCUUCAAGAGUUAAUUAUUGUAAUUUCCGCCUGCCAGGAAAGUUUCUUAACUUUCACAGGGACCUAUGA